AUGCGGAGCCUCGCAUCAUCUGCGGCGUCGCUCGCAUCAUGGCGAACUCUGGCCUUGAUUUUGGCCAUCAUCAAUCUGAAAAACCUCCCGUUUGCCUGGCAUUUCCGUAUAUUGUAUCAUUUCCUAGGUAACCUACGUUGGAAGCCGAAUGACCCAUUCUUCCCCAAAGGAAAGGCCAUUGUCGAUGCCCAUGGAAACCCGACACAUCCGGUUUUCGUCCCAGUCACCGUCAAAUCACGAACUCCGUUACUCGAGACCGAUUACAACCUGCACAAGUCCAAUAGCACAUAUUUCAGCGACCUUGACGUGGCGCGUACGGCACUCGUGAGCCGAAUCUACAGCCCUGGUGUCGGUCUUACCAGCAAAGAAUUGGAUGAGGAAUUUUUGGCUAAGAGUCAGAAGGAGGGGAAGAAACCUCCGAGACGAUUGCCCAUCAUGAUCGUACUCGGGUCUGUUUACUGCACUUAUAAGCGCGAGAUCAAGCCGUUUGAACUGUAUGAGAUGCAGACCAAGGUGAUUUCAUGGGAUCAGAAAUGGCUGUACACGCUCACGGUGUUCCUGCGACCUGCCAAGAAAGCCGGUGGCGAGAAGACCCUACUGGCCAUCGCCGUGAGCAAGUAUGUGGUGAAGAAGGGUCGACUGACCGUGGCACCAGAGCGAAUUCUACGUGCUGGCGGUUUUCUUCCUGCUCGACCGGCUGGGGUCCAGACACUUGGCACAACGGUAGAUUCGUCUGCGGAAGCAUCUGCCAUUGGCACGCCUGCGAGUGGGGAAGGGAUUACGGCCGCUGGAGGCGUGGAUGGCUCUUUGGUGCGAGAGGUUCUUAAGAUUAGCGCAGACCAACUUCCCGAUGACGAGACCCUUGAGCAGGAGAAGAUGGCCAACUCGGAUUCAUGGAAUUCCGAGGAGUGGCCGUGGGAGCGGAUUGAACAAGAGAGACUCCGAGGACUGCAGGUGGUAGAACCAUAUAUCAACAUUGACAGUAAAUUAGAGCACGAGGUACAUGGUAAAUAG